UCUCUUGGUUGACACCCUCUAACAUUAACUUCUUGUGUUUCAGAACUCUGAAAGAUAACUGAAGGUAGGAUGGAUGCUACAGUAAUACUGCCUAUUCUGAAGAAAAAGUUGGCCUUCCUUUCAGGAGGGAAGGACCGAAGAAGUGGCCUCAUUCUGACAAUUCCACUAUGCCUUGAACAAACAAAUAUGGAUGAGUUGAGUGUCACGUUAGACUACCUGCUAAGCAUUCCAAGUGAUAAGUGUAAAGCCAGAGGAUUUACUGUUAUAGUGGAUGGUAGAAAAUCUCAGUGGAAUGUUGUCAAGACUGUUGUGUUAAUGCUACAGAACGUUGUUCCAGCGGAGGUGUCACUUGUCUGUGUGGUAAAACCGGAUGAAUUCUGGGAUAAGAAGGUUACACAUUUUUGUUUUUGGAAAGAGAAGGAUAGACUUGGGUUUGAGGUUAUUUUAGUAUCUGCAAACAAGCUUACUCGGUACAUAGAACCAUGCCAGCUGACAGAAGACUUUGGAGGGAGUUUGACUUAUGAUCACAUGGACUGGCUAAACAAGAGGCUGGUGUUUGAAAAGUUUACAAAAGAAUCAACAUCCUUACUGGAUGAGCUUGCCUUAAUCAACAGUGGAAGUGAUAAAGGAAACCAACAAGAGAAAGAGAGGUCUGCAGACUUAAAUUUUCUUCCAUCUGUUGAUCCUGAGACCGUUCUGCAGACAGGCCAUGAGUUGUUAUCUGAAUUACAGCAGCGCCGCUUUAACGGUUCAGAUGGAGGAGUCUCGUGGUCUCCUAUGGAUGACGAACUGCUUGCUCAGCCCCAGGUGAUGAAACUUCUGGAUUCGCUCCGAGAGCAGUACACGCGUUACCAGGAAGUGUGCAGGCAGCGCAGCAAGCGGACUCAGCUGGAAGAGAUUCAGCAGAAGGUAAUGCAGGUGGUGAACUGGCUUGAAGGACCAGGUUCAGAACAGCUUCGGACCCAAUGGGGGAUAGGUGAUUCAAUUAGAGCCUCACAAGCUUUACAGCAGAAACAUGAAGAGAUUGAAAGUCAACACAGUGAGUGGUUUGCAGUGUACGUGGAACUUAAUCAACAGAUCGCAGCGCUGUUGAAUGCAGGGGAUGAGGAAGACCUUGUAGAGCUGAAGGCAUUACAACAGCAGCUGAGCGAUGUCUGCUACCGGCAAGCCAGUCAACUGGAGUUUAGGCAGAAUCUGUUACAAGCAGCACUUGAAUUCCAUGGGGUUGCCCAAGAUUUGUCUCAGCAACUAGAUGGCUUACUAGGGAUGUUGUGUGUGGAUGUAGCGCCUGCUGAUGGAGCAUCCAUUCAGCAAACUUUAAAGUUACUUGAAGAAAAGUUAAAAAGUGUCGAUUUAGGUCUGCAGGGUUUGCGUGAAAAGGGACAAGGUCUUCUUGAUCAAAUAACUAACCAGGCAUCUUGGGCUUAUGGCAAGGAUGUAUCCACUGAAAACAAAGAGAAUGUAGAUCACAUUCAGGGAGUGAUGGAAGAUAUGCAGCUGCGAAAGCAAAGAUGCGAAGACAUGGUGGAUGUGCGGCGGCUGAAAAUGCUUCAGAUGGUUCAGUUAUUUAAAUGUGAAGAAGAUGCCUCUCAGGCAGUAGAAUGGUUAAGUGAAUUAUUAGAUGCUCUACUGAAGACUCACAUCCGGCUGGGAGAUGACAGUCAAGAAACCAAAGUUUUGUUGGAAAAACAUCGGAAAUUCGUUGAUGUAGCACAGAGUACUUAUGAUUAUGGGAGACAGUUACUACAGGCUACUGUCGUUUUGUGUCAAUCUCUGCGAUGCACUUCUAGGUCCUCAGGAGACACACUUCCAAAACUGAACAGAGUAUGGAAACAGUUUACGAUAACUUCGGAAGAGAGGGUAACUAGGUUGGAGAUGGCUCUUGCAUUCCAUUCAAACACUGAAAAGGUUUUGCAAGAGUGCCCAGAUCAGCCUGAAUCUAUUAAUGAUGUGGAGCAAUUUGAUGAAAUCGAAGUUGUUGGGAAAUCGCUUUUGGAUAGAUUAACAGUGCCUGUAGUUUAUCCUGAUGGUACUGAACAGUACUUUGGGAGCCCAAGUGAUAUGGCUUCUACAGCCGAACACAUCAGAGAGAAGGUAAAGCUAGUUUGCCUGAAGAAGCAGCAGCUGAGACAACCAGAAGUCUGUUCCACGGAGAGCUAAUAGUCCGGGUCUUUCUAUCUUUGCCAGUUCAUAACAUGCCUGUUUGUAACCCCCCCAGCAUGUCACUGCAUUUUACACCUGGCAUAAUAACAUUAAAAUGCAUUUCCUCCACUAUUAAAAACUCUCCAUCCUUAUUUUUUUUGAAGUAAACUUUAUUCUAUAUCUUAAUGGUGUAUUUCUACCAAGCCAUAAUUAUUUAACAUGCUACGAAACCAUAGAUUUCAAAUAUUAUUUUUUAAAAAAACAGGAACUGAAAAAGUUGCACUGAACCCUUUUGCUCUGAAGCUUUACCCGAAUCGUCAGGUGCUUCUUCGCCUAAAGCAGCUGAUGAGGGUUUUGAAUGGUGCUAAAAAGUACAAGUUCCAUGCAAAAUAGUAACUCUCUUCUCCAAAUGAUUGUAGUAUUUUUAGGCUAUAGGCAAGCUAUCUGUUGUGUAGACAGUGGUGACCCUAUGCUUUUAAUUCGUCUUACUUUUCAAAAUGGUCCUUUUUGAUUGUGCCAAUAUGCAUCCCACCCAUUCAAUCUUGGAAUAUCAGAUUCAUUAUAAAUGGACUUUCCUCCCAGUUUGUAUGGAUAAUGUAUUGAGAACUGUUUUUGUGCUUAAUAAAAUCCAUCUUUUUAAAAUCA